AUGUCCGUCACUGUCUGCCUUGGGAGCCAAUUCGGCGAUGAGGGCAAAGGCAAGCUGGUCGAUAUCCUCGCCAACAACGUGAGCCUCUGCUGUAGAGCACAAGGAGGAAACAACGCCGGUCACACGAUUGUCGCGAAUGGCAUAACCUACGACUUCCACAUUCUGCCCAGCGGCCUGGUCAAUCCCAAAUGCAUCAACCUCGUCGGAAGCGGCUGCGUCGUUCACGUGCCGUCUUUCUUCAAGGAGCUGGAGGCAUUGGAGGUGCACGGCUUGAAGACGGACAACCGCAUCUUCAUUAGCGACCGCGCCCAUGUGGUCUUUGAUCUACAUCAGUUGGUGGACGGAUUGGAGGAGGUUGAGUUGGCCAGCUCAUUCAUAGGCACAACGCGGAAAGGCAUAGGACCAACGUACAGCACCAAGAUGACGAGGAGCGGCAUUCGUAUUGCUGACCUUUUCGACGAAGAAGUCUUCGAAGCGAAGCUACGUCGACUGGCCUACGGCUUCCAGAAGCGCUUCGGCGAUCUGUUGAAAUACAGUGUGGAGGAUGAGCUCUCGAAAUUCAAGGAAUUGCGAGAAAAGCUCGCACCUUAUGUCAUCGAUCAGAUCCCAUUGCUGAAUGACGCAAAGGCAAAGAAGAGUGAAAUUCUAGUUGAAGGCGCAAAUGCGAUCAUGCUCGACAUUGAUUAUGGCACGUACCCCUUCGUCACGUCUUCCAACACUGGCCUCGGGGGUGUCCUAACAGGAUUGAGCUUGGGCUGGAGGUCCAUCAGAGAGGUAGUAGGAGUCACGAAAGCAUAUACCACUAGAGUUGGAUCGGGCCCCUUCCCAACCGAACAACUAAACGAGGUUGGCGAGAAACUCCAGGGAGUUGGCAGAGAGGUCGGUGUCACCACUGGACGCAAGCGACGAUGUGGCUGGCUUGACCUCGUCAUCAUCAAGUACUCUCACGACGUGAACGACUACACAUCCCUCAAUCUAACCAAGCUCGAUGUUUUGGAUGACUUCGAGGAACUCAAGGUCGCCACUGGUUACUCGUACCAAGGGCAGAAGCUCGAGUCUUUCCCAGCCAACCCAGAACUGUUGGCUAACGUUGAGGUUGCCUACGAGACUCUUCCGGGAUGGAAGAAGCCGACGACAGGCGCGAAGACCUUCUACGACCUUCCUCUCAACGCUAGGAAAUACGUUGAGUUCAUUGAAAAGACUGUUGGAGUGCACAUCAAGUGGAUUGGUGUCGGGCCGAACCGCGAGCAUAUGAUCGUCAGGUAA